CUACAUCAACCCUAGUUAAGUAUCGGAUUUUCUAGCAGUACCUAAAAGCGUCACAUUGUAAAUAUCAGUAUUGUCAUUUUCAGCGUUUUAAACAUCUAAUAAAUUUCUGCUAUGGAAGUUCUAUGGAAUAUCGCAGUGAUAUGUGCUUUUUCAAUUGUGUACGUUGCGAGCAUGAAAACAAAACUGGCGGAGCUGAUUAUAAAAGACAUGGAUAAGAUAGAGAAGGCCAAGAGCAAUGGUACAAUAUGCCAUCUAAGACAGACAAUGGCUUGGGCUGAAUGCGGUCGGCGUGUCAACUGCCCAUCGUCAUGUCAAGGACAAGAAGAUUGCACAUUCCCUUACUGUACAUUAGAGGGAACAUGCUCCUGUAGAAAUGCGUUUUGCCGUAAGGACGAGAUGUGUCACUUCUUCAGAAUCGCCUGCGCUACCAACUUUACAUGUAAAGAAGGGAAAUGUUAUUGUGAAAACGUGAAAAACAAGUCGGUUACAUCAGCAUCGUGAGGACUUGUUGCAAAUAAAUCUAUGGUGUGGACAUGAAAGUAUUCAAAUUGUGAAAAUUCAAUAUGCAAGUUCUUUUGAAUUGAAUUGGAUUUGCAUAAAUAGGUAACUCGUUACGCUUCAUCUACCGGUGAAUUAAUUUCCCUCCUCUUUCUGUGUUAAAUGAAAUAUUAUCAAAUGCAUGCAUAAUGUGAACAGGUAUUCCGACAACAGAAUGUGUGAGGAUUUUAAAGUUAACAUACAAGUAUAUUUCAUUAAAGUUUAAUUUAU